GACUAGCAAUCUGCACCGCACUCGGUCAACACCGCACGGCGCUAAGUAAAUAACGAAAGACCAACUCCGCCGAUUUUAUGUAAUGUUUUAAAUCCGCGUCGGUCGCCGAAUUUUACACGCCUCAGCCAGACGCCGCGAUCCGCGACCCCAACGCACGCACGCCGGAACCCCCCAAUUCGCAACGUUCUAUGUUGGCGGCGCCAUUUUAACGUUGAAGUGCCCAACACAAUCGAAUCGUUCGCAACGAAGAUGAACCUGUCGUGGUAGUCCACGGUGCAGACGGAACGACAGUGUUUUCGCACACGCCCCCCAAGUACGACGCGUACCGUUUACGUUUUGGCAGCCCGUGGUCGACGUCGUCGCGAUGAGUUUCUUCGGGUUCGGCCAGUCAGCCGAGAUCGACGUGCACCUGGACGGACAGGACACACGCAAAACGGCCGAGGUCAAGACCGAGGAUGGCAAAAAGGAGAAACUGUAUUUGUAUUAUGACGGCGAAACGGUCGCAGGAAAGGUGAAUAUCAGUUUAAAAAAGCCGGGCAGCAAGCUUGAGCACCAGGGCAUCAAAAUCGAGUUCAUAGGGCAGAUAGAGAUGUUCUACGAUCGCGGCAACCACCACGAGUUCAUAUCGCUGGUCAAGGAGCUGGCCAGGCCCGGCGAGAUGAUCGCCCACACUAGUUAUCCCUUUGAAUUUAGCUGUGUGGAGAAGCCCUUCGAGGUUUACACAGGUUCAAACGUGAGACUAAGAUAUUUCCUGCGAGUGACAAUCAUACGUCGACUGGCGGACAUAGUGAAGGAGAUCGACCUAGCCGUGCACACCCUGUCCAGUUACCCUGAAAUGAACAACUCUAUUAAAAUGGAAGUGGGAAUAGAAGACUGUUUGCACAUUGAAUUUGAAUAUAACAAAUCGAAGUACCAUUUAAAAGACGUGAUCGUGGGUAAAAUAUAUUUCUUGUUGGUGCGGAUAAAAAUCAAGCACAUGGAAAUAGCCAUUAUUAAACGUGAGACGACUGGUUCGGGACCGAACGUGUUCACAGACAACGCAACGAUCGCCAAGUACGAAAUAAUGGACGGUGCACCGGUGCGAGGUGAAAGCAUUCCAAUCAGAGUGUUUCUCGCUGGUUACGACCUCACGCCGACAAUGAGGGACAUAAACAAGAAGUUCUCUGUCAGGUAUUUCUUGAAUCUCGUACUGAUGGACACGGAAGACCGGCGGUACUUCAAGCAGCAGGAGAUCACGCUGUGGAGAAAAGGUAAUUGCGACAAACUCCGGAAACCCAACCUCCAGAGUCCGGCGAUAAUGGCGGGCACGCAGAAUCUCGAGAACACGUCGCAGCUACACCAGUCGCAGCAGCAGCAACAGCAACAGCAGAAGCCGGAUGGCGGCGACAACAAGAACGACGUGGGGGAAGGUGAGGGUGGCGGAGCUCCGGUGAAGGAGGACUUUGUGCGGGCGCCGCCCAGUUCGCAGUCGAACGAUCGACUGAACGCGUCGGCUAACGAUCCGUUCGACAGGGAGGCGGCGGCCGCGGAAGGCGCCAGUCCCACGACCGCGUCGUCGUCGGACAGUCCGCCCGAUCCCAUCCAGAACAUGACGAGGGAGGCGGGCGACGGACAGAACGAUAACGGAACGGAAAACGCUGAGUGAUACUAGAUUAUACUAAAAAUGCGAUGUUAGGCCAAGGAUGAUUCCAAAAACAAAAAAGGAUGAUUAAAACAUUGGGCGAAAAUGUUAUUGAAUGCACGUUAUUUGUAAAUAAUGUAAUUGUUAUACUUGCAGUUAAAAAUACUGAACUGUGUCAUUCUGUAUAUUUAAUUUACACACAAUUUAAUUUUAUUGUAUAUUUCUCAUAUAGGAAAAAUAAAAGUUAUUAAAUUUA